AGAACCAAGGCACAAAUACGCAGCUUCCUCCACUGCGGUCUGCUCCACCGCCCGCGGCGCCCAAACACUAAGCGAACACCACCACAAAAAAACCGUCGUAAGCUAUGUCAAACAAGCGAAGACGCUGCUCGUUAGACAUUUUGGGUGGCAUUGACGAUCUCCUCGGCAUCUCCGCCGUGUCCCCGCUGACGUCCUCUGCGUGCGAUGAUGAACAGAACGCUUCUUUUUCGCGUGAUAACGAACCACGAAGCUCACACAAGGUGGACGGAGAGGAGCGCUUUGCCGGCUCUUCUCCCGUGCGGAAAUGUCUGCGUGCGUGUUACUCCCCUGCGAGCACGCCAUCCUCCUCGACUGCUCCCUCCGUCGGCACCAACACCUCCGUUGCAACGACAAUAGACGGCUUAGGCGGCGACGAAAUCGACUUACUGCGCCGCAGGGAUGAGGAAAUGGCGGACAUGGCGCUCUUUCUUGCCAAAGCCAUUGGCGAGGCACCGUCGCAGCUGUCCCUGAGCGAACUGGUCAGCUUUCUGGAAAAGGUCGGUGUUCCGCGAGUCCUGCUCGCCUUGAAGCGUGCGGAGGCCACGGAGGCGUUUGUGGAUGCCCUCUUUCGUGCGCACCCGAAUCAGGCGCAACGCGUCCUCCUUCUUCGGCUCCUUUUGGAGUUCCUUCACUUUGUCGAGGCCGAAGUCUUUUUUCAAAGAGGCGUAAUAGUCUUUCUGGUAGAGUCGCUGGCUCCACCCGACACUUCUCAACCAUCGGCGAGCAUGCCGUCGUCAUCGCUGAGUGCGGCGGUGCACUGGUCCGCGCGAAAGAAAUGCGUGUCUCCGUCCGUUGCAUCAGUGAGCGGUGCAUCUUCACCGUCACCCACGGAAAGUUGCAGCGACGAACUGGAUGAUCGCACGCAGGGGCUCUGCCUUGCCAGCUCUACGGACGCUUCGUCUUCUGCCACUAACGCUACCAGCGCCCUGCUCUCUCUUAAGGCGUUGCUCACACUUGUGUUUCAACACAAUAGAAGCCUCCAUCUUGCGAGUCCGUCAGCCUUUUCGGUUUCUCUGAGCUUUGCCCACGCCGGCGGUUUAGAGCGCGUUGGCCAACUGCUGCUCAAUGAAAACGAGCGCGAGUGGACGCUGUCGCUGCUGGAGGUGCUAACCACCACCGAUGUGCUGCGACGCGAGGGAGGGCGACUGCUGCAGCUCGUGCCGGCGCUGGUGGGCCUACUCAGCACGGUGGCUCAAGCUGCGCAGGUGUCUGUACUGAAAGUCAUAACGAACAUCACCAAUCUCGUGCCGUCCGCCCUCUCAGAGACCGACACAGCGCAGACAUUUGCGGAGUUUAUUCAGCGCGUUCUCCUCCAGCCCAGCGUGGACGGUGACUUGGAUGGACGGGAGACGUUUGCGCUCUGCUGCGCCAUCAACGUGGUUAAGCACGAGGCAAAGGAGGGCUCUGCCGUGCAGCCCACCUUCACCCGCGCCAUUAUGGCCUGCGCAGAACUUCUUCCCGCGCUGGCGGAGAGCAUGACAAAGCGCUACCGCUGCAGUGACGCAGAGCAACUGGUGCUGAGUGGAUACACGGCUCUUCUCUUAGGUGCGCUGUCGUUGGUUGACGUGGGGGACGCGGAGAUCUCCAGUCUGCGCGUGCCAGUCAUGACAGCCGUUGCGGCGGCCUCUCGAGGGACGCGUAUCGGUAAAUCCACAGAUCGUCAGCCCAUGCGAAUGGUGGCGGCGAUCAUUCAGGAGUUUCUUCUUUUUCAGAGCUCCUCCGGCACGUUGACGAAGGAGGCGCUGGUGGACACGGAUUUUCUCGUGAGUCGCAUUCGACAACACAGCCGCAUCGUGGUGGCCAAUGCCACGGAAAGUGAAGCUUCACCGAGCACAGCAGAAGACAGUGGUGACAUGGAGGUAACGCUAGGUGAUAUGUUAUAG